AUGCUGGACCACGCCGAAAAAAAGAAAGCGUAUAUCAACACAUUUGUAUACGAAGUUGGACUAUGUGAAGGCAACCUCGCAAAACGUAAGAAAAUUGACAAGUUGAGACUUAGUACGGCCGAGUGGGAUUGUGUUAAGCUAUUUACAUCUCUUCUAGCUCAUGCCGACAAUGCUCAACAGAGCUUCUCCUCAGAUAGAGGUCCUUCCCUUCAACAAGCAUUGCCAGCUCUCGAGGCAUUACACAAGGCUUGGUCAUCACGCUCCGCAAAUCCAAGAUACAAGGCUUUUCAUAUAGCAUUGAAUGCUGCUGUCGAGAAAAUCAAGCAGUAUUAUGAUUGA